AUGGCCGAUGAAGCUAGGCAGACGUCACAGCAUGACCACUCUACCUGGAGCAGCAACUCAAGACUUCGCAGUCAGCCUGUACUGUUCCGCAGUGCUGGGCUGAGCGAGCCGCUCAAGAAUGACGACCUGGACCAGCACGGCAGCGACCCAGCCAGCACCCAAGCCGGCCCACCCAUUGAGCGACGGGCCAAAUCGCCGGACAGUGGCGCAGAGAAGGAUACCGUGAUGGGCCCGGAUGAGCUCGAGCACGCCGUACAGAGAUCCAGGAACGGAGCAGAUGCAGCCGACACAGGCGAGGAUGCGCUCUUCUUCUAUGACCUCGCUGGCGAGAGAACGGCAGUAGCAACCAGCAAACCGGCUAUCCCCAUACCAGAAAGGCACCGGUCACCCUGCAGCAGUUCUGGCGACGAGAUUAUACUGUUUCGCGGCCGCGCCCGAACACGCCCGCAUCAAGUUGUUGUCCAACCCUCGCCUUCUCAAGCUGCCACGGAGCAACAAUCUACCGCUGCCAACUCACACGAACCCCGAGAGGGCAUUACCUCUGUACAAACUGACAAAGGCAACGCGCAAUUACAAUUAACUACUGGGAGGCAUCGACGCGCGAGGUCCGGAAGACGCGGCGGCCGUCGACCUGGGCAUGGAAGUGAAGAGGACGCCUUUCUCGCUGAUUACAUUGCCAACAUGCGAGAGAGUGGCGAGAUUGUCGACGCACUACACCACUACGGGCACAACAGCCGUGACCUCGGCGGCACGGAAAGCGAUAGCAGUAACCAGAGCGAGCAAAACAUGCCACAGGCGCGCAGCAACAAACGCAGCAACGGACGCAGCGCACUCACAUCUGACGGCGACGCUGCACAUGAGGAGCCCGCGAGGAGGGGCUUCCGACAUGAACUCGCUGGAUCUGCGAAUAACAGAAGCGACGACAGCGACGCCGAGGUGGACGAUGUGACCCUGGCAAAAUUGAUCGCAGGUCAAAGCCUGAGCUCUGUCUCCGACGUCGAUGACGGAGGUGUAUGCCCACCAGAGAGUGACUCGACUGCCUCAGCAUCAGACAAGGGCCCUGCAGCCGCGCAAGGGAAGACGGCAGAUUUUGACUACAUGGAUUGGGAGCGCCCGAGUCUACGACCUAGGAGGGGCAAGAAGGCUCGGGCUCCGGCAACCUUUGACGUCUCUGACUCGGAGUUAGAGCAACAGCUGCAGGUGGCUUGGAAGAACGACCGACACAAAAAGAAGCAGCGAAAGCAGCAACGAGAAGAGCUACGGGCACUCGGAUUGCUUGGUCAGAACCCAGCGCCAGGCGACCUGAGGCUCAAGUACCCAGUCGGAAUGUCCAUGCAGGACGUUGGCGCAGAGUUCAGGGUGUUCCUCAUGGGCACUGACGAAAGUCGGAAUUUUCCGCCCAUGGACCUCCACGCCCGCAAGAUCAUUCAUGAGCUGGCCAACCAGUUCAAAAUCAACUCGAAGUCCACGGGCAAGGCAGAUCAGCGUCGGACCACGCUCUACCGCACGGUACGAACUCUGUCAUACAACGAAAGCAAAUUCGAGCAAGCCCUGUCCCGAAUCCAUAGACGUUAUUUGCCGCGGCUAGACGUCAAGGGGAAGCGGAAGCCGGGGAACCCCUCAGCAACAGGAGGAAGUGGCCAUGCUGCGACGAGCUAUCGCGACGGCGAGGUUGUGGGGGCUGCUGCACCAGAGUUGGGUACGAGCAACCGGGGGCGGGCCAUGCUGGAGAAGAUGGGAUGGAGCAGUGGAACUGCUCUCGGUGCAACGCACAACAAGGGCAUUCUCCAGCCGGUGACGCAGACCAUGAAGCGGACCAAGGCGGGCUUGGGAUAG